AUGGCAUUCGGCAAGAAGAGACGCGUGACGCCGCAGGAGCUCGCCCGGCUCUGCAACUUCGCGACGCCCAUGGGUCGCUGCCCCUAUGCCAAGGUCACCCUCACCAAGGACGGCAACCGGUACGCUUCCGUCUACUGCAAGGUGCACUGCUGCAAGAAGAUCGACAACGCCGCCGCGUGCCAGAACGUGAGGACCAACAACCGUGGAUAUUGCCAUCAGCACAUGAUGUGUGUAGGCACGAUGAACGACCAACGCUGCACAAACUACGUCAAAGACUACGACCCAAGAACAUUCAGAUUUUGUUCCCAACUCCACAACUGCACUCAGCCAGGCUGCGACAACCACCGUGUCCGCAAUGGCGACGCUGAUUUACGCUACUGCAACGACCACCGCUGCUCCCGCGCCGAAUGCACCUCCCCGCGCGCCCCCGGCGGAAGCACCUUCUGCACAGCACACACCUGCUCCGCGCCUGCAUGCCUCGCCUCGUGCCCCGGCGCGACCGGCGAUGCCAACGACCCCUCCCGCUUCUGCAACCGACACCGCAUGUGCAACGCCCCCGGCUGCCCGCAGUUCGCGCACGUCCGCGAUAAUGGAGUCCCGUCGAAGCACUGCGGUGCGCAUUACUGCAGGUGGGAGGGCGAGGGGGGCUGCGACGGCCUGCGGGCCGCGAUGGCGGACGGCGUCUGCGGGGACCACACAUGCACGGAGCCCGGAUGCCUUCGACCGAGGGAUCAUCGGAGGGAGAACUCGCAGUUCUGCAAAGACCACAUUUGCAAGACGCGGGAUUACCUGGGUGCCCAAGAGAAGGAGAGCAUAAUCACUACUGUGACCGGCAUCGUGCCUGCAUCACUCCCGGAUGUGAUCGGUAUCGGCAGGUUGAUGGAGAGAAUAUCGGACAGCACUGCGAGGAGCGUAAAUUCUGGAGCCCGCUGCCGACUCCCCAACUGCGACAACCGUGUCGCCGCAGAUAGAACGCUGUGCGAGAACCACGUCUGCACUCUACGGCACUGCGGCAAUGAACGGGCCCUCUUCAGCAACGGUCUCUGCGCAGAGCACAAGUGUGCCGUCAUGGCGUGUCCCCAUGAGCGUGCCCAUGUGAACCUCGAGGGCAUGUUUGCCAUGCUGGGUGCUAGAGGCGGCUUCGAGUGGAGGUCUGCGUACUGCAACGGCCACGCCUGUCGGGGCACUCAGUGCGUGGCCCAGGCCAUCGAGAACACGCACUUCUGCCGGGCUCACACGCAGUGUCGGCAGCCAGGAUGCACACAGGUCGUGGACCCGAACGGACACGAUCCGACUGUCUGCGCGGAUCAUAAUCGGGUGGGGCCUGGUGGAGCGGGAAGGCGCGGGGUGUUGGGUGGUGAUCCGUAUGGGUACGGGGGUGGUGGAUGGCCUGGCGUUGGGGCUUGGGGUGUAAACGCGGCUAUUUAG